UUUCUAGCUGUAUUGGAGGUGCAGGUCCUCGCUGGGCCUUUAUUGUGUCUAUCGUCUUCCCAAGUCCGCCAGACCGACUUGUCACCUCGGUUGAACUGGCAAUGCGUUGUCAGACGCGACCAAAGUAGAGUAGCGAGAUCACGAGACCGCGACUCCAGAUAAGAUCAGCGGAUUGGAGACCGCCAUCAACCUCCUCAAGCUGCAUCCCAGCAGCUCCAGGUUAGCUUGGACCAUCGAAACCUAGACGCGUCCAGGCAAUCGAUGACAAGCGGAGCAUAGUCGGUGAUUAUCCGUUGUCCUUUUGCCUUCCAAGAUGGAUCCGCUCCCGUCGCGUUGCGCGGAGCUGGCAUCACCCAGCUAUACCAACUUCACCAUCUCUGUGGUGAUCCUGGUCGGGAUCCUGGUCUCCUACCUUCCGCAGCACUACCGUAUCAUCUCGCUGCGGAGCUCCUUUGGCAUCUCACCCUACUUUGUCCUUCUGGGUACGACUUCAGGGACGUUUGCGUUUGCCAACAUCCUGGUACUGCCAUUGAGUUCACAGGAUGUAGCCUGUUGCAAGGCAAUUAGUGGGAUAGCCUGCUUCGCCGGUCUGUUGGGGAUCUUCCAGGCUGGAGCCCAAUGGCUCUGUUUCUUCAUCAUCCUUGUUUUAUUUGUAGUCUACUUCCCGCGCGCUACCUCCGCAACCUCACCGACUCAUUCCGCCGCGACGGACCAGAGAGAACCGACACGCCGUGGAAAAACCUCACGGCUCAAUGCAGAACCGACGUACCGCACCGCCCAGAUCGUGACAUUUAUCUGUAUCUACCAUGCCAUCGUUGUUGCGAUAGUCUCGGUCGUACUCUCAUUCACGCGACCAUCCGCCCUCCAAGCAUGGGCCGACAUCAUGGGCAUCUUGGCCGCUAUUCUCGCUUCCCUCCAAUACUUCCCCCAGAUCUAUACGACUCUCCGCCUGCGACACGUGGGAAGUCUCAGUAUACCGAUGAUGUGCAUCCAGACACCUGGAAGCUUCGUGUGGGCGGCGAGUCUUGCAGCCAGAUAUGGAAUGGACGGCUGGAGCACGUGGGGAUUAUACAUCGUGACAGCGCUGCUGCAGGGCUCGUUGCUGUUCAUGGCAAUGUACUUUGAGUACAUCUCCCCCAAGGAGACUCGAGAUGACGGAGAGCAAACCCAGACCGAUGCUGCGGACGGUACACACAACCAUGGAACAGAACCCUCAGAAGAAACACCACUGUUGGAAUCCCCAUAAUAGUAUCUUUUUGGAUACCCAUCAAGAAAAAUCAGGAACAAUAUCACUUAGUAUAGAUUAUACCUUGUACCAGGCAAUCUUCUUCUACAGCACUAGUAUAGUAUACCACCGCCAAAAUCAUACCCAGUUACAGUACACGAGUAAUUCACCCAACAACCCAAGCUGGAUAUCAGCCCAUAUCCCCAUUUUCUUCGUG